CCUCUUUCCACCCAAAAUAACAUGGAUGGAGAUGCCUGUGGUAUAAAAAGUAUUGUAGGAUAAACAUUCCUUUCUUUUAAAACCGCACUGAAAACCCGGGGGAGCAUUUAUUGAUGAGUUCAUAGAUGGCAGAGGAAGUGUUAUUAGCAGAAGAUGGGAAAUGUGUGGGGUCUCUCACCAAGUCGCUGCUGGCCGUGGCUUUCCUGGCCUCGUUCGGUAGCUCCAUGCUCUAUGGCUACAACCUGGCCGUGGUCAACUCUCCUGCAGAGUACAUCAAGGCAUUCUAUAACCAGACGAUGGUAGCAAGGAACGGGACGGGUCUGGACGACAAGACUCUUACGUUGUUCUACUCUGUCACCGUGUCUGUGUUUGCCAUCGGGGGCAUGGUGGGCAGCCUCACGGUGGGCAUACUAGUCACCAGAUUUGGAAGGAAAGGCACCCUGGUGAGAAUCACAUGUCUGGUGUUUAUAGGUGGAGCCUUCAUGGGCUUCAGCAGGACCUUGGGCUCUCCAGAGAUGAUCAUUGUUGGACGCUUCAUCACAGGGGUACACUCAGGUAUCUCUCUGAGUGUGGUGCCAAUGUAUCUUGGGGAGAUAGCACCUAAGAACCUACGUGGGUUCCUGGGCCUCGUGCCUAGCAUCUUUAUCUGUAUAGGAGUCUUCAUCGCUCAGAUCCUGGGGCUACAUGAACUACUGGGAAAGGAAGAGCACUGGCCCCUUUUCCUGUCUCUGGUGGUGAUCCCCACCAUGUUCCAGCUGAUGCUGUUGCCAUGGUUCCCAGAGAGCCCGCGGUACCUGCUCCUAGAGAAGAGGAAUGUCCACGCCACCAUCACAGCUCUGAAGUGGUACCGGUCCAAAGUGAACAUCCAGGCAGAGAUCGAGGAGAUGCAGGAGGAGCAGCGGUCCAUGUCCUCGGUCCAGACCGUGUCGGUCAUCGGUCUGCUGAAGGACCGGAGCGUCCGCUGGCAGGUCAUCACUAUAGUGGUGGUCAAUAUCGGCAUGCAGCUGUCCGGUAUCGACGCGAUCUGGUUCUAUACCAACACCAUCUUUGAGAACGCAGGUAUCCCGGUCCCUCAGAUCCAGUACACCACGGUUGGAACCGGAGCCAUCGAGGUUAUCGCUGGAUGCGUAGGGUGCUUCAUCAUUGAACGGCUGGGCAGAAGACCUCUGAUGAUUGGUGGAUUCACCUUCAUGGGAAUAUGCUGUGCAGGGAUCACGCUCUCCCUCAUGUUCCAGUCCCACUACAUCAGUGUUGCCUGUGUGGUGGGGAUCAUCGCUGGCUUCUGUAUAGGACCAGCUGGAGUGCCCUUCCUGAUGACAGCAGAGCUGUUUAAACAGUCCCAUCGUCCGGCUGCCUACACUGUGGCUGGAUGCCUCAACUGGCUGUCCAACUUCACCAUCGGCUUUGUCUUCCCCUUCCUACAGAUGUCGGCAGGGGCCUACUGCUACCUCGUGUUCUUUGGCGUGUGCACGGCUGUGGCGGCCUACGUCUUCUUCAUCGUCCCCGAGACCAAGAACAAGACAUUUGUGGAGAUCAGUCAGAUGUUCGCGGCCAGGAACGGCAUGCUGGAGGAGGAGAGCAGCGAACUGGGCGUCGCUAACAACCCCCAACUGGCCAAGACGAACGGCUAUGGUGCCGUCGACCUGGAGUACGACGUGAUAGAGAAGAAGAAGUAGAGGAGGAGAGAGAGAGAGAGAGAGCGAUAGAGACGUCAGGAGUCUCAAAGUGUCUCUUCAUCUGUACUGAUCUGAAAACACCCCACUGGGCACAGACACAGUUAAACGUCUAUUUUUGAUUUCCAUUUGGUUGAAUCGUCCACUAACGUGAAGUCGAUGUGAAAUUAACAUAAAAUGUCACCAUGACACUGGCUUUAGGUCAAAAGUCAGAUAAACAUUUUAAAAAGCCAAAAUUCCCUUUUUGCAAAUCCAAUUUGUUUCCCACAUUGAUUCAACGUCAUCACACUGAAUGUAUUUGUGGAAACAACUUUGAUUCAACCAGUUUUUGCCCAGUGGGACAGAAUAGGUGAAAGCAAUGUGGUGGAAUUGGUGGACUUAGCUUUUUCCCUGUCCAGUUAGUGCAGACAAAGAGAAAAAUAAUCUGUUUCAAUUCAUUGUUCAGUAUGUCAUAUCUGUGUUCAUGGUUUACAGACACCUGUGUCAGUCUCCAAAACCCCUAAUGUAAGAGCUCUAGGAUAGUGUGUGAGAUGUGUGGUGGUGUUUUAAAAUGUUGUCAAUGGUGUCUUAAGUUUAAUUAUGUCCAUACCUAUGUAAAUGGAAAAGAUUUCUGUCAGAAAUGUUAUCUCCAUACCGUUCCAAAAUGUAACAUUUAAUGUCACCAGUUGUACAGUAACCUACAUUGACUCUAUGUGCUGUUUGGAAGUCAGCACAUCUACAACCAUUAGGUUUCACUCUCCUCUCAGUUAUAUGUGCCUCUCUCUCCGUGAAUCACGCUGAAAGUCUUCUUUUCUCAAUGUCGCUGAAAACCUUUUCCUACAAUGUACAGUACAGAGAGAAUGUAUUUAUUUAUUGACACAGCAACAGUAUCACGAUAUGAAUGCAGUAUCUAACUUGACCGUUUUCCUGAUCACUGAUUUUUGACAGAAAAUGAGGUCAGUCCACAUCAUGUGAAUGGUAUGCUUUUUAAAAAACACUAUCAGGUGUUAUUAAUGCCUUAAUGUAUUCACAGCACAUAAGGUGCUAUGAUCCUUUAUAAGGCUUCAUAAGAAGGUGCUCCAAGUGUUACCGUGUCUUUGAUCAUGUUUACCUUCCUUAGCUGAAGAAAAAAACAAGCAAACUCAAGUUAUUGGUUGUUUUUUUUUCUUCUCUCUUUUGCGUAAGCGAGUUGGUCAAUGUGGCAACUGUAGUAGUCAUUCCAUAUUCUGAGGCAGGAUAAAUUAUAUAUCGUACGUUAUACCGUA